AGGCGGUGAUCCUUCUUACAGAUGAUGCAUAAGAUGGUGAUUCCCAUUUCGGGUAGAUCUUCAACUACCCCGUUAUUUCUGAUUGGUCGCUUUGUCCUCAGCUAGUUAGCAACUUGACCGGGGGUGUGGCUUAUCCCAGGGCUCGGUCCAUAGAGCACUCCCUGCGUCGCUUUGCAUGAUCAGAUGCGCGGAAACAUCGUGUUCGAAAGGUCAACGGGCGGAAAUUCGCGAGAUGCAAAGCCUCCCGUGUUGUACGUACAGAACGUCUGGACUAUCGACUUUAGGCACCGACGAAACGAUGUGGGAAGACCUCGUGUUAUUAUAAAAGGAAGGCGAGAGACUACGAUCUUUAGACUCCAAUCGAUCAGUCUCAGACAACAAAGCAUCUAACAACUUAUACACAAUAUCAACAACACUAUCUACUCGAUUCUAAAAUCUUCUAAACCACCACCGCAAAAAUGCAGUUCACUACCUUCCUCGCCGCCGCCGCUGCCCUCGCUUUCGGCGCCAACGCCAACGCCGUCCCUCGUGAUGGUGCCCGUCUCGCCCAGUUCCGUGUCUUCGGCGCCGAGGGUUGCAGCGAGCUGAACCAGGGGUUCUACACUGUCGACGCGUCCGACGCCAACGCUUGCAAGACCUUUGACGGCGUGCCUACUCCCCCCGGCGUUAAGUCCGUCACCUUGGAGGCCAUGAACAGCCCCGCCGCCGACAGCUGCAGCUUCUACGUCUUUACUAACAACAUCUGCACCUCCGGUGCCCAACGUCUUGAGACCGGCACUUGCACCGGCGUCCCCCCGCCCAAUGCUAACUGGGCCUCGUGGAAGAUCAUCUGCUCUGCUGUCUAAUUCCGUUCAUC